AUUUCCUGUUUUUUUGAACAAAAACCAACUAUCAAGAUGUCGGUGUUUAUUGAAUGGAGCUUGAAUAGGUCUCGCACCAAAGUGGUGAGCAUCGAGUAAACAUGUUCAAGGCAGUUACAAUAUUUGAUUAAAAAGAAGAUCGAUAAAGGUGCAUAAGAAGAAAUAUGAAAACGCGUAUAUAUUACAAGUAUAUUAAUGUAUGUAUGUAAGUUCGCAUAUUAUACAUAAUUUUAUAAGCUAUAGUCAUUCGCGAGCCAACUCACGUGUCGAUCAAUGAAAUUUAUUGCGAACGAGGUACCCGCUUCUUUCGAUCUGCUGCAGCGCUUAUUUGCAUAUUAUUUCGACUUUAUUGAUUUAAUUUUUAGUUUUGUUUAUAUUUUUUCUAUUAAAGAAGUCACAAUUCGAUUGCUCAGCGAGUUGUCUGGUAGCAUUAAAUGUUGCUUAAAGAGAAAUGCGCGAAAAUGUCGAAUAAAGAGUUCAUAUCACGAGUUUAAGGUCACUAAUGUAGUUAGAAUUAGAAUGAUAUAUUUAUAUUUAUGCAAAUUUCAUACUUUGCGAAAAUUUGCAAAACAAACGACAUACAUAUAUAGAUAUGUAUAUACUUACUUAUAUAACAAAUAAUACUUCCCGUCUUGUCAAGAUUAGUUGGAAGUUGUUUUAGAUGGCGUGGGCGUUACAACGUAGUAAAAUCAACUAAGAUUUUAGUAUAUAAACUUAGAAUUUGGCAUGCAAUAAGCAUAAACAGUUAUCUAACGGAGUAGUAUUGAUACAAAGUUUGAUUACCAGAUAUAAAUUACAAAAAAAAGUUAAAAUAAACAACACAAAGAUGAGAUCCUUUACCCUCACAACGCUACUUUUGGCGCUCGCCUGCGUGUCCACUCGCGCACAAUUCAGCUUCCCGGCAACACAAUCUUCGCUUGGUGCCAAUAACCGUUAUCCCAGAAAUCCAGCACAACAACAAACAUACGGUGCAUCCAAUCCCAAUAGUAUUGAUAGCUUUGGCAGCCGCUAUCCAGCACAAGCUGGUCUAGGUAAUGGCGUUUAUGGCGCAGGACGUGGCAGCUAUCCCGGCCAAGCAGGCAUUGGUGCCUCGCCAGCGACCGCAACUAAUGGCAAUCCUAACAACCGUAUAUUGGGUCUACUCGGCGGUGGUGGCGGCGGCGGCGGUCUCUUUAGCAAUCUUAUCGGCGCUUUAACCGGCAGAAAUCGUAAUCCAGGUGCUGGUGGUUUUGGUGGUGGCGCCUAUCCAUAUCCAGUGCCUGCGCCAUAUCCCGGAUAUUCACCUUAUGGUCCACCACCAUCGCCUUAUGGUGGUGGUUUUGGUUAUCCUGGCUUCGGUGGUGGUUAUUAUGGUUAAACUAUUGUAGGAAGUAACAACUACAACUUGAUUAGAGUAUUCGUUAUAUAAACUAAAAGUAUUAAUAUUUGUUAUUUGUUAGUUUUUAAUAAUUUUAUAACUGUUAUCUAAUGAAAAUAAAUUGUUUUUGUAACUACACUGAAA